CACCACGAUUUGACCAUCGUAGGGAUUUCGAUACGAAUUCCAAAUCUAUUCAUUCAUUCGAGAUUUGUUAUGGUCAUACAAUAAACGAUAAGAAUAUCAUAGAUAUUAUCUAAUAUUUACAGCUAGGAUUUCUUUGAGCUUUAUUACUUUUCCACCUUUACUUCCUCAAAGCAACGCGAUCAACACAAAUUCUGAACCACCCUUUUCAAAUGGUCCUCUACGAAACGCAUCAAAAAAUCGUCUGAAGGACCGUUUUCAAGAUGGCAACUGCGGUACUCGAUGUCGACUACUUGUCGGCAUAUUUGAGCGUGCCGCAACAAACUCUAAGCACAGUUAUUGAUAACCCUACUGCCGAAUUAGUUCGUAGUGUCCUUGAAGCUGUUACUGCAAAAGCACGCGAACAUGAUGAGUUGGCGGCGGAUAAGUUGCGAGUUGAUAUCGAGCUUGAGAAUGCUGUGAGAAGUUCAGAGACGCGCAUUGAAGGACUUCGAUCGAGUGUGGAAAAGGCGCAGAAAACCGUGGAAGAGCUGAGGAUUAAGCUCAAUGAGGAGGGUAAGCCGUCCAAUAUUAUGGUAACAUAUUGCGGCGCUAAUUUUACUUUCAGAAAAUUCAAGAUCAUCUCUUGAAAGCGAACUUCAAACCUUGAAAUCUAGUUCCUCGACAUCGACAUCUGAGCUAGAAACUUUAAGGUCUCGAAUCUCAUCACUCGAAUCCUCCAAUCGCGAUGCACUAGCCGUCAUCGAGUCAAAGACGACUGCUAACAGUGCUCUUGCACAAGAUCUACAGAAGCAACACCAGAAGGGAUUGGAACUUGGUCAACAAAUCACAGCUUUACAACAAUCCGUGCAAAAUGCAAAUUCUGCGGUAUCCAGUGCUAAAUUCCGAGAGCAAUCUCUGAAGCAAGAAGUUGAGCUAGCCAAGCGCAAUAAUGAAUGGUUUGAGAAUGAAUUGAAGACUAAAAGCGCCGAGGCUUUGAAGUAUCGCAAAGAGAAGGGUGCACGAAUUGCGGAAUUACAGCGCCAAAAUGAAGAGUCUACUUCUAAUGUCGAGUCUUUAAGACGUACCGAACAAGCUUUACGAACUAGGUUGGAUGAGGUUCAGAAGAAAGCUGAGGACUCACUUCACAAGAUACAACAACUUCAAGAAGCUGCUGCAAAGACUGAAGAAGGUUUCCGUCAAGAAUUAGAAAGCGCGCGUCGUCUCGCGGAAUUGCAAGCACAACAAACCGAGACACAUCGACAGAGAUUGAAGGAGGUCGAAGGAGGAAUAGAAAAGAUGAAGGAUGAUGCUGCAGAGGAGAUUGGUAGAUGUCAGCAAGAAGUUGAGGCGGAGAGACAGGAACGAGAACAGGCGGAGCAUCGUAUCUCAGAGCUUGAAGCCGAGAUUGAUCGACUUGAAGCUCUUGUAUCAUCACAACCUCGUCCUGGCUCAGUACCAUCAACCCCACAACGAGGACUCAAUGGUUCAGUGUUUGGAAGAUCUGGUUCACCUGCUCAAUUUGGUACACCUGGAUCUAUGCGCAGUAAGUCGUCUAUUACCGCUACUCAAGCUAUCGAUGAGCUCUACAAAGUCAAGGGUCUAUUGGCUACAGAAAAGAGACGAAGUGAACGACUUACGGUGGAGAUGGAGGAAAUGAUGCAAGGACUCGAAGCAAAACAACCAGAGUUAGAAGAAAUGCAAGCCGAGCAUGAACGUCUUCAACAGGAGGUCGUAGAGAUGUCAAAGUUUGUCGAUCAAACUGGCAAGGAGCGUGAUCGCGCCAAGAAGGAUGUUAGGAAAGCUGAAAGUGAGGCAUCUACCGCAAAAGCAGAGGUGAACAUCCUUCGACAGCAACUCAGAGAUCUUAGCGCUCAAAUCAAGAUGCUUCUUUACGAUUUAGAUGCGAGAGAAAGAGGAUUAGCGACUUUGAAUGCUGGUGAGCGAGCACAAAUGGAGCGUCUAGCACGAGGAGAGGUUAGCGAAGAUUCAUUUGAAGGAAUGACUGAUACGGAUCGAUUUAUCAGUCAGAGACUCACUGUCUUCCGCAGCAUUAGUGAAUUGCAAGAGAAAAAUCAGGAGUUGCUCAAGAUCACGAGGGAGCUUGGUCAGAAGAUGGAAAGCGAAGAAGCUCAAGCUGCCAAGAAUCAAGCGGUUCAAGACCAUGAAGAAGUACAAAAACUUCAAGCAAAGGUUGAAGACUUGAAGGAUGAGUUGAGAUCUAUGAUCACCCGUUCAGAAAGUUAUAUUAAGGAAAGAGACAUGUUCCGCCGUAUGCUUCAACACCGAGGACAACUUCCAGUCAAUUCCGAUCUCGCAUCUAUGUUUGGUCAAUCAGUCGAUGGCAAUGGUGCCAUGUCAACUAUUGAAAAUCCAAACCAAAAGGACAAUGCUAAUUAUGCCGCAUUAUUACGCGAGUUGCAAGGCCACUUUGAUCAGUAUCGCGAAGAACAAACGGUUGAUCGACGCACACUAAGAGAGCAAACAGAACGACUUUCAUCGGAGAAGGCUGCACUUCAAGCAGAGAUUUCCAAGGUUAGCAGUCAAUUGACACUUGCUAAUGAACGCUACGAAAUGUUACACUCCAACUACACACUGUUGCAGAGUGAAAAUAGCGAGUUACAGAAACGUUCUCAAAUUCUUUCCGAGGCUGCUGCUAAGCAAGACUUAAAGACACAGCAAGUAGCUGAGGACUUGAUUGAAGCAAAGGGAUUGGUGGAGAGUAUGAGAAAUGAGACCGCUAAUCUCAAGGCUGAGAAGAAGCUUUGGAAGGAUAUCCAGGAUCGCCUCAGUCAGGACAACGAGAAUCUCACCAACGAACGCAGUAGACUCAACACCCUCAUCGCAAACCAACAAACCCUUCAGAAUGAACGCGAGCUAUCAGAGUCGGAGACAAGAAGAAGACUUCAAUCCCAGGUAGAAUCUUUGGAAUCUGAGCUGAACACCACAAAGCGAAAGCUUAAUGAUGAAGUUGAAGAGAGUAAGAAAGCUCAAUUGAGAAAGGAGUACGAUACUCAGCAAAAUCAAAGGAGGAUUGACGAGCUUGCAGCAAGUCUGAGUCAAGCAAGAGAGGAGCUGGUUGCUGCGCAAACAUCGCGCGAUCAUCUCCAGGCUCGUGUAGAUGAGUUACACAUUGAGCUUAGGAGUGCAGAGGAACGAGUUGAAUUAUUGCAGCCAAGACCAACCCCACGGCCAGGCACCAAUACUCAAAACACCGAUGGACAAUAUACAGCUGCUGAAGAUGAAUCUUUAAGCCGUGAACAAGAGUUAGGAAUCGAGCUUUCUGAAUUGAAGAGAGAUUUAGAACUAGCAAAAUCAGAGCUCGAAAAUGCAAAGCAACAAGCAGAGCAAUUCAAAUCUAUCAGUCAAUCGUCUGAGGAGGAGUUGCAGAGUCUCAAUGCGACGCUGGAUGAAUGCCGUGAGGAGAUGGAUAUGAUCAUCGAGGAGAAAGAUGCGAAGAUCCGCGAGCUUGAGCAACGAGCCGAAGAUAUUUCUGCCGAGCUCACUAAUUCUAAUAAUGAGUUGACGGCCCUUCGAAACCAACAGGGUGAAGUAGCUAGACAAGCUGAGGAGGAGAAAUCUGGACUCGAGGCAGAGAUUGUACGUUUGAAGGAUGAGCAAGAGAAACAUGCCACGGCUGCAAAAUUCCAUCAAGAAGACCUUCGCGCACAAGCAGCAAUCGCCACCAAAGCCCAGCAAGACUAUGAGAAUGAGCUUGUCAAGCAUGCCGAGGCUGCUAAACAUCUUCAAUCUCUACGAGUUGAAUAUAAUCAACUGAAGUCCGAAUCUGCAACAUUGAAAGCGGAGGCCGAAUCUGCCAAGGUUACUUUGAAUCAGAGCGAAGCCUCUUGGGAGGAACGACGUGAGCAAUUCGAACGAGAGUUAAAUGAGUUGAAGACUAGGCGAGAUGAUGUCAAUGCACAGAACAAGCUUCUACACCAACAGCUAGAUAAUGUUUCUUCACAAAUCAUUGCAUUGCAACAGACACGCUCCGCUGGUCCGGAUGCAUCGGAAGCUGGAUCCCCAGUUGUGGAUGGAACAACAGAUCGUACAGUGGAAGGUUUGCGGGAGUUGAACACAUAUUUGAGGCGCGAAAAGGAAAUUGGCGAGGUUCAAUAUGAUAUCAAGAUUCAAGAAGCCAAGCGACUACAACAACAACUUGAAUACACUCAAGCUCAACUUGAUGAGGCUAGAUUAAAGCUUGAUCAGGAACGACGCACUCAUGCUGAUGGUGGUAAAACCUCCAUUGCACACAAGGACCUCAUGGAUAAACUUAAUGAGCUCAAUCUUUUCCGUGAAAGCAGCAUCACUUUACGUAAUGAGGCACGUCAAGCUCAAUCUCAACUUGCUGAUAAGACCAAACGUGUUGAAGAACUUUUGGCGCAAAUUCAACCAUUGGAGACAAAGGUUCGUGAAUUAGAACAUAGCAAAGAAACCAUGGAGGGUGAAAUGCAUUUGUUGCAGGAAGAUCGAGAUCGUUGGCAGAAACGUAACCAAGAUAUACUUUCCAAGUACAAUCGAAUCGACCCAGCUGAAAUGGAACAAAUGAAGGAAGCCAUUGAAACUUUGCGAGGUGAGAGAGAUGCCUUGUUAGAGGAACAACAACCAUUGCGGGAGAAGGUACAAACUUUGGAGAGCUCUAUGGAGAAUGACAGAGCACAAUGGCAAACUACCCGACAAAAGUUAAUUGAGCAAGCCAAGGAGAGAAAUCGCACUUUGACCAAGGAUAAGAAUGAUCGAGCUGCAGAGAGAGAUGUGGCCAUUUCCGAGAGGGAUUCACUUCAAGAACAACUCACUUCACUUCAGGAGCAACUUCAAACUGCCAUUGAAGAAAAGGAAGCAGCAGAAGCCAAGCUUGCGGAAGUACAACAAGAAUUGGAAGAAGUUAAGACCCAGCGUGAUCAGGCAUUGGCGAACGCUGUUCAAUCUGUUGCAUCUCCCAAAACUCCAUCCGCACCUCCAGCAACUGCUGCAGAGAGUAAUGAAGCUGUCAAUGCACAGCUUGUUGAACUUCGUAAGGAGCGUGAUCAGGCAAUCUUGGAGAAGCAAGCUCUUGAACAACAAAUCACAGAACUUAAACAACAGCUCGAAACCGUCAAUUCUGAGAGAGACGCUGCUAUUGCCGAGGCCGCUGAAGCACGAUCACAACAAAAGGCUCAGCCAUCUGAUACUGCGGUAGACGAUGGUGCUGAAGAAGGACAGAUCGACGAAAGUCAUAAUAGUAUCUCAGAGGAGGAGAGAAGCGCAUUGGAGGCACGUAUAGCUGUUGCUGAAGCAAUGGCUAAGGAGCGUGAUGAAAAAGCGAAGGAGAUUGAAGAAUCUAUGGAAGCUACACUAAAACAACGUUCCGAUAAGAUGAAGGCGGCUUUGAACAAGAAACUCGGCGAAUCCAAGGAAGCUGUUAGGGUGCAACUCGAGGCUGAUUUCAAAUUGAAACUUGAGCAGGAGAAACAAAUUUGGCUUGCAGAGAAUAAAACUGCUGAUUCUUCUGUCCCACCACCGACACCAUCUGCACCCAAGACAGAAGAAAAUGCCAUUCCAGCCACCCCCGCCACUCCAAGUAAAGUUGCUGCACCAUCGGCUGAUGGCUCGGAUCUUUCGGAUGAACAAGUUCGACAUCUUUUAUCGACAAACCCCACAGUCAAGAGUAUUCUUACCAACAACUUGAAGAAGCUUCUUGAAAAAGAAACGCAAAAACUCAAGUUGGAGCAAGAUAAACUCGUGGCGGAAAAGCUAGCUGAAGCGCAAAAGAGAUCUGAAGCUACUUUGACUGAAGCUCAAGCAAAGGCUGAUCACACACAAGCUCAAGCUGUUUUGAUGGCGGAGAAAAAGUCCUCAUUGAAACUCAACAUGUUUGACAAUAGAAUCAAAAUGGCCACUGCAAAGAUUGCAGUUGUUGAGAAAGCUGCAAAGGAUACACCAGAAAAGCCUGUUGGUGAGGUGUGGGAGAUUGCUAAGAAUGCCAAACCUCCUCCUGCAGCACCAGUUGUACCAGUCCUUACAACGUCGACGCCUACCCCCGCCGCUCAAGCGGCUCCAUCUCCAGCGGUCAAUACUACACCAGCUGCAGUGCCACCCCCGAAUGUUCCCAUUACUCAAUUUGAUAGCGCAGCCGCUGAAGAUAUUAAGCCCGAGGAUACUGAAGCUUCAAAGAGUGGUAUACCUUCAGGACCACGGCCAAUAACUCCAUCGACAAAUGGGGCCUCUUCAUUACCUAUUAGUAAUAUCCCUUCUGUAAGUAAGCCCUUUAAACUCUUUUGCAUCUAGCACUAACCAAAUAUAGGCCCCUCAAGCAGGGAAUCAGUCACGACUACCACAAAUGCGUGGUGGUAAUCAAAAUCGUGGUGGUGGUGGUGGUGGUGCUCGUGGAGGAAUCUAUCAACCACGUGGAGGAGCAGCAGGCAGAGGAAGAGGUAACCUUAGUGGACAACGUGGAGGAAUGAACGCCACUACUCAAAGUUUUAGUCCGAAUGCACAGCCUGGGCAAAAGAGACCUGUACCAGAAGGUGGUCAGCAAGGAAGUGGAGGAAAACGUCCUAGGGGAGGAGGAGGUAAUUAGUUUAUUGGCAAAAGUUCAGUUGCAUUUGCAUGUAUUAUAUUUCAUGGUUGCAUAGGCAGCCAUAGCUUGGCCUUUUUUUAUGCUAAGAAUGAGUGAAGGAAAUAUUCAGGGAGUUACGGGAAAUAUGUAUGAAGAAUAGUAGCGUAGCUAUCUAUACAUAUGAUGAGUAUUGAGGCAAAUGAAUAUCAGGAGUAUUUGGAGA